GCGAGAAAGGGGCGGGAGGCAGGCACUGCGCGCCCACCCUGCGGAGGGAGCCGGAGCGCACGCGGGGACCUGGAGGGGGCGGCCCUGUCGCACACGUAGGAUCCAGGAAACGAAAGUAGGAGCCGCCGCGGGCGUCGCCGCACGGAACGCGCAGAGGCCGCUGAAGCCCCUUUCCCGCCGACUUCAGGGGAGGUUGUGCAACCGCGGUGCCCGAAAGGGGACAGCCACGCCAGGCGUCGGGCUCCCGGACCGCAUCCAGACGAGGACUGCGCGGAAGCAGCGGCAGCCGCAGAGCUAUUUAAAUCAUGGAUGAACAAAACAUGCAAGCGAAUGCUUCUCACCCAGGAAAAAAAUUGCCAGCCGGGCAUCCCCCUCAGUAUCCAUCGGCUGCAUUUCAAGGACCUCCAGGACAUACUGGCUACCCUGGACCCCACCCUGGCUACCAUGGACCCCCGUCUGGCUACCCUGGACCCCAGCUUGGCUACCCUGGACCCCAGUCUGGCUACCCUGGACCCCAGCCUGGCUACCCUGGACCCCAGCCUGGAUACCCUGAACCCCAGCCUGGUUACCCAGUUCUACCAGCCAGCUAUUCAGGUGCUGGCCCAGCUGGCUUUUCUGUCCAAAGUCAGCCAGUAUAUAAUCAGCCCAGUGGACCUGCAGGGGCACCAUGGAUGCCAGCACCACCACCUCCACUGAACUGUCCACCUGGAUUAGAAUAUUUAAGUCAGAUAGAUCAAGUACUAAUUCAUCAGCAAAUAGAACUCCUAGAAGUCUUAACAGGUUUUGAAACUAAUAACAAAUAUGAAAUUAAGAACAGCCUUGGGCAGAGGAUUUUCUUUGCAGCAGAAGAUACUGAUUGCUGUACCCGAAAUUGCUGUGGGCCAUCUAGGCCUUUUACCAUGAGGAUUGUUGAUAAUACAGGCCGAGAAGUCGUGACUCUGGAGAGACCGCUGAGAUGUAGCAGCUGUUGUUGCCCCUGCUGCCUUCAGGAGAUAGAAAUCCAGGCUCCUCCUGGGGUACCGGUGGGUUAUGUUACUCAGACCUGGCACCCAUGUCUGCCAAAGUUUACAAUUCAAAAUGAGAAGAGAGAGGAUGUACUAAAAAUUACUGGUCCAUGUGUUGUGUGCAGCUGUUGUGCAGAUGUUAAUUUUGAGAUUAAAGCUCUCGAUGAAGAAACUGUGGUUGGCAGGAUUUCCAAGCAAUGGAGUGGGUUUGUGAGAGAGGCAUUUACAGACGCUGAUAACUUUGGAAUCCAGUUCCCUUUAGACCUUGAUGUUAAAAUGAAAGCUGUGAUGCUUGGUGCUUGUUUCCUCAUUGACUUCAUGUUUUUUGAAAGGACUGGAAACCAAGAACAAAAAUCAGGAGUGUGGUAGUUCAUUAAUGAGAGUAUCAAAAAAAAAUUUGAAGUCCAUGUACUGAUUGGAACUAUCUAAAAGGAAAACUCAAUGUUUUUUUCUUUAUUUUUAUAUCUGUGUGAAUUAAGCUGUGAUGCCUAUGGCUACAAUUAUAUGA